AUGAAAACGAUAGCAGUGUUUUCUGUGUCGGUGCUGCAUGACGAGAGGAUCGUUGUUGUGGCAGAGCAGAGACCAGACGCCUCGGAGGAAGACAGCUUCCAGUGGAUGAGCCGCAUCCUUCAGGCCAUAGACAGCAUCCACCAGGUCGGGGUGUACUGCCUGGCUCUGGUGCCUGCCAACACGCUUCCUAAGGCUCCUCUGGGCGGCAUCCAUAUAUCUGAGACCAAACAGCGCUUCCUGGAGGGCGCCUUGCACCCCUGCAACGUCCUCAUGUGCCCGCACACAUGCGUCACCAACCUGCCCAAGCCCAGACAAAAACAGCCAGAGGUCGGUCCUGCUUCUAUGAUAGUGGGCAACCUGGUGGCGGGCAAGAGGAUAGCACAGGCCUGUGGGAGAGAUGUGACCCAACUCGAGGACAAUGACCAGGCACGUAAGUUCCUGUACAUACAGGAUGUGCUGCAAUGGAGAGCUCAGGCCACUCCAGACCAUCCUUUGUUCCUGGUUCUCAACGCUAAGGGCACGGUGGCUAGCACAGCUUCCUGUUUGCAGCUGCACAAGCGGGCAGAGCGGGUGGCUGCAGCCCUGAUGGGACGCCUCAACACUGGAGACCACGUCGCCCUCGUCUACCCACCAUGAAUCGAGCUGAUUGCCACUUUCUACGGCUGCCUGUACGCCGGCUGUGUGCCAGUCACUGUCAGACCCCCCCAUCCCCAGAACCUGGCGACCACGCUGCCCACCGUCAAGAUGAUUGUUGAGGUCAGUAAGUCGGUGUGUAUCCUGACCACUCAAGCAAUAAUGAAGCUGCUUAAAUCCAAGGAGGCUGCUGCUGCUGUGGACGUCAAGAGCUGGCCCAUGGUGCUGGACACAGACGACCUCCCCAGGAAGAAGAGUCCCCAAAUGUACAAGCCCCCGACCCCGGAGAUGUUGGCUUACCUCGAUUUCAGUGUGUCCACAACAGGCAUUUUAGCGGGGGUCAAAAUGUCUCACUCUGCCACCAGUGCCUUGUGUCGCUCCAUCAAACUGCAGUGUGAGCUCUACCCGUCCCGGCAGAUCGCCAUCUGUCUGGACCCCUACUGCGGCCUGGGCUUCGCUCUCUGGUGCCUGUGCAGUGUGUACUCGGGCCACCAGUCCAUCCUGGUCGCCCCUCUGGAGCUGGAGAGCAACGCGUCUCUGUGGCUUGCGGCCGUCAGCCAGUACAAAGUGCGCGUCACCUUCUGCUCGUAUUCAGUCAUGGAGAUGUGCACCAAGGGCCUGGGUUCACAGACCGAAGCACUGCGGUUGCGAAACGUGAACCUGUCCUGCGUGCGUACGUGCAUGGUGGUAGCCGAGGAGAGGCCCCGCAUAGCGCUCACGCAGUCCUUCUCAAAGAUCUUCAAGGACUUGGGGCUCUCGCCGCGCGCCGUCAGCACCACCUUCGGCUGCAGGGUGAACGUGGCUAUCUGUUUGCAGCCCAACAGGUUAGGGAAACUGGCUGAGCAGGGCACCGCCGGGCCAGACCCCACGACGGUUUAUGUUGACAUGAGAGCUCUACGGCAUGACAGGGUUCGCUUGGUAGAGAGAGGGUCGCCACACAGCUUGCCACUGAUGGAGUCUGGGAAGAUCCUCCCAGGAGUGAAGGUGAUCAUUGCCAACACAGAGACUAAAGGACCCUUGGGAGACUCCCAUCUGGGAGAGAUCUGGGUGAGCAGUCCCCACAACGCCACAGGCUACUACACAGUCUACGGUGAGGAGGCGCUGCACGCUGACCACUUCAACACCAAGCUCAGCUUUGGCGACACCCAGACUGUCUGGGCGAGGACGGGCUACCUGGGCUUCCUGCGGCGCACGGAGCUGACGGAUGCCAGUGGAGAGCGCCAUGAUGCUCUCUAUGUGGUGGGCUCUCUCGAUGAGACCCUGGAGCUGAGGGGAAUGAGGUAUCACCCGAUUGACAUCGAGACCUCCGUUAUCCGUUCUCACAAGAGCAUCGCUGAAUGUGCGGUCUUCACCUGGACCAACCUCCUCGUGGUGGUUGUGGAGCUUGAGGGAUCGGAGCAGGAGGCCCUGGACCUGGUGGCCCUGGUCACCAACGUUGUCCUGGAGGAGCACUACCUCAUCGUAGGAGUGGUGGUGGUGGUGGACCCCGGCGUCAUCCCCAUCAACUCCAGAGGGGAGAAGCAGCGCAUGCACCUGAGAGACGGGUUCCUGGCCGACCAGCUGGACCCCAUCUAUGUGGCUUACAACAUGUGAGGGCCCUGCUGCAGGAGGGCCACCCCUCCACGUGAAGAAGAAGCAGGGCAGUAAAUGUGGGGCACAUAAUGGUAGCAGGCCCGGGGUCCGUAUGGCUCCCGCUGAAAGAAUCACGCUCUUCUUCCUCUCUCUCUGAGGGGAACUAUGAAAGAAACAUGGAUGCAAAACUUCACAGCCAAAUGGAAAGACAUUUCAAGAGGAGUAAGAUUGACACAAACCGUGUGGUUUUUUUUUAUCCCGGUGAUUUCCAGCCGGCUGUUGGAGCGUUGUGUAUGUAUGUUCGUACGUGUGACGGCGCGUCUGACUCCUCAAACCCGGGACUCUCAGUCGCAGCGCAGCAGGUGGCGACGGGGUGAGACGACACGGUGCCGUUGACAUCGUUUACUUUGCCACGCUCCAAUAUUCUGAACGCUGGUUGUGUCUGCGAUGCACUUGUGCCAUAGAACCAGUCCGCUCACCCUGGUUCAAACUGGUUUGAACAGGUUUCAUGUUCACGGAGCCUCCUGUGCCAUUGCAGGUCGUAUGCUUUCCAGAGACAAAUUCUAUCCCACGUACAUUACAUAGUCAUUUCCUCUGUGGGAGCAGCUCCUUGGAUUACAGCUGCACCCUCAAGGGAUAACAUGAUAUUUGAGUUCAGGCUCAGUCAGAUUGGCGUUGCAUCAACAAAGAGUCGCACAGCUGGGCAGUGGGAGGGGCGGCGGGCGUUAUGCGUUACUCAUCCCAGCAAAGGUGACUUCAGUUUGUGGCGUCGGUAACGGAAGGUGUAGAAUAAUGUUGUGGUUUGACUUUCUAAAUCUAAAAUGUGUAAUAUAGUUAUUGUUUUAUCUGAACAAAAUGCAAUAUGAGUGACGCGAGAGAUGAAUGACUGCAGACAAUAAGUGCCGAUCAUUUGAAGUCUUGAGAUGGCGAGGAAUAUAAUCGUUGCGAACUAUAAGCAACCUGCCAAAUGAUAUGAAUUAAGCCUUAAGUGUUUUUCAGACGCCUGAUCCUAUUCCAGCUCCUGUCGAACUUUCAUUGAGUGAAGUUUAUUAGCUGUUGGAUAGGAAGGGCAAAUGCAGAGGGAGGUUAGGUAAGAGUAAUGCUAAGAUGAGUAUACUUGAUCAUAACAUCAGCCAUGACAAACACACUUACUCCAUAAAUAUGUGUCAUAGUGUCCGUCCCUGUUUAAAGUGCUUCAUAGCAAAAGCCUGGAAUGAAUUGCAGUUGGUAUGUUUGAUGCAGAAUGUCGAGGGCCAUACGGUCGAAUGAGAGAUGAAGUGUUGCGAGUUCCUCUUAACAUAUGAAGGCAGGUCUCUAAUAUGCUAGUAACACCUUGACCUCUCACCUUAUCCCAUUGACUCGGCAAAGUUUCACGUCACUAUGUGUCGCUUCUAUUUUCUACGUGCACAUCCCGUCAGAAACGGGCUCCGGCCGCUGUAAGUAUGUACAGGUUUUAUGUAAAUUAUUAAUGGGUGGAGGAGACGACGGGAAGCACAACACAAAGACUGAAUCUGGUAUUUAUGUGACCUUCUCCCUCAGACAAAAACAUAUUUUAAACGUAUCCUCGUGUAUGGACAGAGGGAAGAGACAUGAAAGGCCUUGGAAACAUUUUUGUAGUCGGAGAGAACAGUGGGAACUUUGGACUUCCACGAGGAGGCGAAGCACAAGGAGACGCCAGUUAUGCCGAGUCGUCACAUUCUCCAGAGCAAACGUUUGUUGUUAACAUAUGAAAAGAAAUAUUUGUCUGAUAUAUGGUUGGUUGUCAUUAUUUUCAUAACAUGAUUUCUUAAUGAAUAAAAAAAAGUGCUUUUAACUUGAAA